UAGAUAUAUCUAGAAGGGGAGUGCGGAAGGUUUCUUCGAUCUGGGCUGACCUGCGGAAAAAUGUCAUCUUCUCGGUUGCCAAGUCUUGUGUAUGCCUAAAAAAACGCCCGGACCAGUCGUCAAAUAUGUUCGCGUGGCUCUUUUGCUCCGCGCGGGACGUGGAAGGUUCCCGGGUCCUUUUCUCAAGUACGUUCCUAGCGAGAUGUCUGUUUGCUUUCCUGGCGUGUGAACGUGCGGUGACCGCUGGCGGCGGGCAGAACGGGAAAGCCGGGCCGGGGAGCGGCGCGUUCCGAGCCGGCGGGCUGUACCAGGCGUCCCGCCCGAGACCCGUCCUCGUGCUCGGCGGCACAGGCUUCGUCGGCGGCACGGCGGUCCGACUCCUCAUCAAGUCCGGGGAAUUCGACGUCACGGUCGUCACCAGGGGAAACUGGCCGUGGGAUUCGAAGGCGCUGAUUCAACCCCACGUCCGCCACGUCGUCUGCGACCGGACGUUCGCGUUCGGACUCUCCGACUGUCCGGCCUUGACCCUCAUCCUCAGGAACACCACCUUCGAGGCUGUGCUGGACUUCAACACGUUUUCCGGAGAACAGAUGCUGGAUUCCGUAUCCGUCGUGAAGAACAGGGUUUCCGGAUUCUACCUGUACGUUAGCAGUGAUUCCGUGUACGACGUCUGCGACAGACGACACCUCGGGCCGACGCGGGAAACGGACGCCGUGAGGCCGAAGAAUCGCACCCGCCAGGAUGAGCUGAACGACCGGGAGAGUUAUGGCCACUGGAAGCUGCAAGGGGAGGAGCAGCUGAUGAGGCAGCGGCAGGCGGGCGGCUUCCCUUACGUCAUCCUCCGCCUACCUGACGUGGUCGGACCGCGCGACUCCACGCACAGGUGGUGGAUGUACCAGCUGUGGGUCAGAUUCGCGCACCUGGUGCCGCUACACCUGCCGUUCAGCGUCAGGUACACCGACUUCAGCCUGGUACAGGUAGACGACGUCGCCAAGGUUAUCCUGGACAUCCUGUUCUCCAACUCCUCCGUCUACGACCAGGCCUAUAACCUCGCCUUUAAGGAGGCCUUCACUCUCAACUCCUUCUUAACGUCCGUGGCGAAGGAGCUCGGCGUCUCGGACGUCAAGUUUGACCAGCGGAACGCCGGGGUCCACUUCUACCCCGAGUCCCGGGCGGGAAUUCUGGACACAGCCAAGGCGGAGGCCAUGUUGGGGUGGAAGCCCACGCCUUGGGAAAAGGCGCUGCACAGAAACUGCGUGUUCUACGAGUACGUGAUGACGCAGAGGACGUUUAAAACGUGCGAGUUGAAACACUUGGUGAAGACGUUCGCGUCGGAUGUGGACAGUAGCGGCACGAAGGCGUUUUUACACAUGUUGAGGGAUAUGUACGAUAUAGAGACAAGAGAGCUGUUCUGGUACCACCAGGAGUUAUAAAACACAACCUCGGUGGCAAUGGACAGGGAGAAAA